GUGGUGUUUUCAUAGGUGGACACUCUCAUGGAGGCGGCGGCCCACGGAACAUGUAAUCCCAUAAGGGGGGUGUCUGAAUGUAUCAUGUUGGGACAGUUGGCCAAAAUUGGGACUGGAAGCUUCGAUCUUGUCCUUGAUGCAGAGAAGUAUAAAAUUGAGAUACCUCUAAAUGCAUACUCAGGCUUCGGAGGAGUUUUUCUGCCUCGAGUUAAAUUCAGCAUGCCUAAGGCUAAAUCAAACUCCAGGACGGUUCCAGGUUCCAGGAAGAGGGGCCAAAAGGUUGCUGCUACUGGGGCAGCAGGAUUGUCCGAGGAACAGCUGUCACGGGUGGCUUAUUCUGUGUUUGACAGGAUGGCCCCAAGAUUUGAGGAGUUAAUAACUCCAAUCAGAAACUCUCCAGCAAUAGCUGGCACUGGGUUCUUCUUUGGUGGAGGAAGCAGUCCGGCAGCUGGAAUGUCUCCACAGACGAUCUCCUGGCAACAAGGUGCCACUCCAGCAUACCGCACUGCUUGGUCACCAGGGUUUGGUAGUGGUAUGACACCAGGUGCUAGUGAGAGUGGUUACAGCCCUGAAUACUCCCCAACAAGUCCUUCAUAUUCGCCCACGUCUCCAAAUUACUCCCCCACAAGUCCCUCUUAUCCUCCAACCAGUCCAUCAUACUCGCCAAGUUCCCCCUCGUACUCGCCAACUUCCCCCGGGUACUCGCCCUCGUCUCCAACUUACUCCCCCACAAGUCCCUCUUAUUCUCCAACCAGUCCAUCUUACUCCCCAACCAGUCCAUCUUACUCCCCAACCAGUCCAUCUUACUCCCCCACAAGUCCAUCUUACUCCCCAACCAGUCCAUCUUACUCCCCAACCAGUCCAUCUUACUCCCCAACCAGUCCAUCUUACUCCCCAACCAGUCCAUCUUACUUCCCUAGUUCCCCCUAGUUCUCUCCAAGAACUCCACAGUACUUGCCCUCGCCUCCAAAUUACUCCCCGACUAGCCCAGCAGCGGCUGUACCGGAAAAGAGAUGCAACAAGUGAAACUAUAGUUUUAAGUCUAUAAAAGGACUUUUAAAAGCCUUAAGUAUUCUAAUGACAGAUAGGAGUGGAGAGAAUAAUUUAGAGGUAUCGGGUUCAUACCCUAAAGGGUAAAAUACAAAUACACUCCUGAAGGCUGGGAGAUGUAAUUGGAGGCAAUUGCAGAUGUUUUCUGGGGGUCAGAAUACAAAAAACUGAGUGCCAAAAUAGAUAAAAGACCAACAAGCAGCAGGGUAACUCGUACAAUAUUUAUUUUUUCCCUCUUUCGUUCUUUUAGGUUCCCCAAGGGUUAAAGAAAUAGGCGUGAGAAUAAUAGGAUAAGGGAUAGUUAUUAUUACUACAUACGUUUAUAAGAGGUGAGGGUUCGGGGAGUUAUGUAAGGAUUGGCUAGUCAUGAGAGAGCGAAAAAGGUCAGGUAAGCCAAUCACCGAACCACACUUCAAAAUGGUACCGCUGGCUGGAAAAGGAGGACAUGAGGAUGGCAGCUCACAUCCGACAGCACCGAUGGUAACCCCCAUCCCCCCACCCCCCAAUUACUAAUGGGACUGAAAAACUGGGUAGAUCGUGGGAGUGGAAUUCACACUAAAGAUGGGAUUCCGGAAUUCACUUUCCACAGGUGAUCAGGAGGUUUAUGAACUCUGCGUUGUUGUCAUAAAAACAACCAGGCUCGUAACAAAUGAUAUGUGAUGAUGAACGUUGUGUCGUUUUCAUACAAGGGCACAAUAACAGAGAAAUACUGGGGGUUGAUCUACAACAAACGGUUGAGGAUCUGAGACUAACUUUCCUAUUAGCAGCAGAACGAGGAACAUUGAGAUACAGCCAUCGGGAGUGGACUUCAACUUAAGGAAGAGAUUCUGGAACCCACUUUCCGCAUAGACAGUGAGGCUAAUUUUCCUAAGCAAUUAUAUUGUAAGAACUGUGUUAAAGAUAUUCGAGAACUAUGCGUGUGUCGGAGGUGGUUUCCCACGUAGGGUGAGGACCCGUAAACCACAAUUCCAUGAUGACGAACUUUGAUAAUUAUAUGGGUGUACAAAUAUGACAAUCGCGAUUUUGUUUUAUUUUUAUUCCAUUAUCUCAUUCCGUGGAUAUUAUCUAGGUGUGUGCACUAUUGAUCUAAUGAACAUUAUCAUGUGAACUUAUUUUGUCAGAUGCGCAGCUAACUUGUAUAUAUUCCUAUAAUCGUGUGGAUCCUUUUAUGAUAAUAAUAAUCUCUUAAUGAUAUCACAGAACUGAUUUGUGUGUAUAUAUUAUAAGCGGAAACACAAUUGUUGUAAUAAUUUGAAUUUGUUGAAAUAUCAUUAAUGAUUACAUGUACCCACUAAUAGGCUUUUAUUUCCGACUAAAGUAGAAGACCUUGAAAAUAGGUUCUCCCUUGGGGGAGGGGGUAAAGUUUACUAUAGUUUAUAUAGGGAAAUAACACU